UGAGCCUCAUCCUGGCAGUUAUUUUACUAGUAAAGAACAUUCAAGUGCUCUGCGUACCUAGGGCCCUGUGAAGCAAUGAAAUAUCACUCUCAUAUAGAGAAUCUGGAUGAAGAUGGAUAUACUCAAUUAGACUUCAGCACUCAAGGCAUCCAUAAAAGGCCCGUGAGAUCAGAGAAAGGAAGCCGGGCUCCAUCUUCACCUUGGCGGCCCAUCGCAGUGGGUUUAGGAAUCCUGUGCUUUGUGGCAGUAGUGGUUGCUGCAGUGCUGGGUGCCCUAGCAUUUUGGAGACACAAUUCAGGGAGAAAUCCAGAGGAGAAAGACAACUUUCCAUCAAGAAAUAAAGAGAACCACAAGCCCACAGAAUCAUCUUUAGAUGAGAAGGUGGCUCCCUCCAAGGCAUCCCAAACUACAGGAGUUUUUUCUCAGCCUUGCCAUCCUAAUUGGAUCAUGCAUGGAAAGAGCUGUUACCUAUUUAGCUUCUCAGGAAAUUCCUGGUAUGGAAGUAAGAGACACUGUUCCCAGCUAGGUGCUCAUCUACUGAAGAUAGACAACUCAAAAGAAUUUGAGUUCAUUGAAAGCCAAACAUCAUCUCACCAUAUUAAUGCAUUUUGGAUAGGCCUUUUCCGCAAUCAGAGUGAAGGGCCGUGGUUCUGGGAGGAUGGAUCAGCAUUCUCCCCCAACUCGUUUCAAGUCAGAAAUACAGCUCCCCAGGACAGCUUACUGCACAAUUGUGUAUGGAUUCAUGGAUCAGAGGUCUACAACCAAAUCUGCAAUACUUCUUCAUACAGUAUCUGUGAGAAGGAACUGUAAAUGUAUGUGAGAAUAUAAAGAUGGUGUGUGUGUGUGUGUGUGUGUGUGUGUGUGUGUGUACACAUGCACACAAACCACCACCACCACCACUACCAACAACAACAACAGAACAGAACAGAACAGAUGAAUAUUAAAAACCAGAGAAAAUGCUGGAAUGCUAAGAGACUUUGACCUCAGCUGAGAACUUGGAUGAAGAAGCUGAGACUUUUGUACUUGUCAUCUUCACAAAGAUGGCGACGCUAUCUUCCAGUUAGGAAGUGACUAGACAUGGAGUGAGGGCAGCUCAAAAAUACAGAGAAUAUGUGAACCUGAGGUACCCUGACUCAAAUUUCACAACCACAAUGAAACCCCUACACUAUCAGGAAACACUGUAGAGGAGUGAGACUGAAGACUUUAAAAGCCAGAGAACCAGCCUACUUACUGUGGUGUCUUCUAGACAGGACAGGGAAAGUAUAUCUAGGAAAUAAAAACAAUACAAGUCAGCAAACAAGACCUGCAUAAUGACAACCUCAGUUGGUAUGGUAUGGGUGUGGGAGUUUCAUAAGGCCCUAUUCCCCACAUGAAGAACUACAGGCAGUUAAAGAGGGGGAAAGCUUUCUCUAGGAUCAAGCCUACUGAACCCCAAGAAGUCAGCACUGAACAUAUGUACAGAUCAGUAUCAUUAAAUGAACUAGUAAGACAUACACAUAUAUGUUAAUCAAAUAUUGUUACCAGAGUACACACUGUGUUUGCAUGAUUUGCUCAGUAUCUACAGUACAUCAGACACAGGGAGAAGGCAAAAUGAACUUCUAAAUUGAGAAGUGAAAAAAUGAGGGAAGAGAAUCUUCACCACAAAUAGGGAUUCUAUUUUCACCCACAUGAUCAUUAUUAAGAUGGCCAUUACCCAAAAGUAGUAACCCAAGCUACUUCCUCAACUAGAUAACUCAAAGAGUCUGCCCACCUUUUCUGAUAGCAAAUCUGGUAUCUAGAUUUCACAGUUUCCUUAUGCUGUCUGGCCAGCAGUAUGACAAAGGUGCUGCCCUUUCAGGAAGCAUUCUCCUUAAAUACUGUAGUUGGAAAGAUAAAUCAUAUCUGAUAGUGAAUAUUUAAAAAGUGCCCAGUCAGGAUUAAUGUUUUGGAACACAGAACAUAUUUCAUCUUUUUAUGAUACACUAUCUUGCAGUUAACAACCAAGUCUUAAGUCAUUUCUUUACAAACAUAUGACUGGAAUAUGACUGUUUCCCAGUGUGAUCUGUCUUGUUAACUUCUAAGAUUGUCCAUUAAUACCACCCUUAUUUCCAGUGUGGACUUCCAAAUUGCUGGGGAUUUGUUUGUAGCUUUCUCAGACUAAUCAAUAUGUGGGCAGAAAUUAUGCUGAGUCCACUGAAUUGUUCUCUUGAAAAUGAUUGGGUUUAUGUCACUUUCAUCUCAAUUGAAAAACUGCUUAUUAAAGUAUCUUUGGCCUCUGAA